GGAGGAGGCAUUUUCGUUGCUUACUCAAACACCAAGACCAUGAGGCGUUUCAUUGUCUCCAGGUUAUGUACUUCUGCCUCACGGCCAGCACCUUCUUCGUUAAACCACCACCACCACCAUCACCACCACCACCAACAUCAUCAGUAUCGUGAUGUUAGUUAUAUCUUCUGCCGCAACCCAAUCAGUACAUCCGAUAGAGGUGCACAAUCGCAAGGUAAUGGGAGUACACUUAGAUGGCUAUUGCACAGCCACAAAAUCCGUUCUUUCAUGUCAAGCCGGGAAAGUCCUCGGAAUACUAUUAGCAGUUAUGAUGAACCAGAAAGUGAAAGCGAGGAGCGGGACCCCAUUAGAAUCGAAGUUUUCCGAAGAACACAUAAAACCCUCGUCUCCAACACCUCAAAACCUUAGAUAUUUCAAGCUUUCCAUGUUUGAUCAGAUCCAGAUAUCCAUAUACUACCCGUUUACAUUCUUCUAUCCAAAUAAUAAAAAUAACAACAACAAGAACGUGGAGGAGAUCAUAACGGAACGUUCAAAUCAUCUGAAACAAUCACUCUCCGAAACCCUAACACAAUUCUACCCGUUUGCAGGCAAGGUUGCCAGCGAACUUCACAUUGAUUGUAAUGACGAGGGUGUAUAUUUCAUCGAGACUAGGGUUGAUGAUAGGCUCGAGAAUGUGCUUAAGAAACCCGACAAUAAAUUCUUGCAACGGUUGAUACCGGUGGUUAAUUCUGUCCCGAAUCAACAAUUGUUGGGAUCUUAUGUUUCAAUGGUGCAAGUUAACUUCUUUAGCUGUGGUGGGGUUGCUAUUACUGUGCAACAUAACCAUAAACUUGUAGACGGAGCUAGCUACAUGAUAUUCUUGAAAGCAUGGGCUGCGAUUGCUAGACGAGAUUCGAAUCUUGUAAAUCCUAGUUUUGUUUCAUCAUCGAUGUUCCCACAAAAUCCUCAGUUGCCAUAUGCACCAUAUGUUCCGAUAUGGUGCUUAACGAUUUCUCCAGCUUAUUUAAAGCACGGACAAUGUGCAACUAAAAGAUUUGUUUUCGAUGCUCUGGCUUUGAGGGAACUCAAAGCCAAAGCAUCAAAACAUCAGCCAGUCAGCCGAGUCGUGGCUGUACUGGCCUUUGCUUUGGAAAUGCAUCACCACUGA